GUGCAGAAGCAGGAGCAGGCCUCGCAGGCGCCCUUCUUCCCCUUCCUGUGGCUGCACAGCCCGCCCCCGGGAGCCCUGCCCAUCAGCGCCGCCGGCAGCGCCUGGGUGUGCGCCUGCUGCUUCGCCUCCCUCAUGCAGCAGUGGCAGAGCUUCGAGCUGGCCCACGUGCCGGUCCUGCAGAGGCUCUACGUGGUGCCCCUGAACGCUGCCCUGGCCCCCAAGGCCAAGAGGGAGACGCCUCCCCGCGAGGAACCGCGGCCCGGCCUGCUGCUGCGGCCCGCCGGCCACGAAGCCUGCUACCUCUGCGGAGAGGACUGCGCCAGGGACGGCAGGCCGGUCUCGGCCAAGAUCACCAACGGCAAUGCCAAGACCACCAUGCACUUCCCCUUCCUCAGCCUCCUGCCUUGCCCUCCCAACGCCAAAGGCCUCAGCAAGCACGGCGAGGUGCGGAGCUGCCGCCAGUGUUACGGGGUGCUGCAGGACCUGUGGGCCAUGUACCGGGCUUGCCACAACGAGGAGUUCAUCACUUCGGUGCAGAGCUUCUUGGGCAGGUACCACCAGGUCUUUUCGGCCGGGGAUUCCGACAGCAGCGUCGCCCGGCACCCGGGUCUGGCCAAGCCGGGCCUGGCGUCCAGCUGCUACAUCUGCGGAGCCGAACUGGCAGCGGGCAAGGAGUUCCAACUCAGCGUCAACCCGCCAGGCCGCUUUGGCGAGAAGGAGCCGUUCUUCCCCUUCCUCACCGUUUAUCCGCCCGCUCCUCGGGCCAGGCCUGCCGAUUCCACGGGGAUCGUGGCCACCUGUCUGCUCUGCUAUCACGACCUCUUGGGCCAGUGGCUACAGUACGAAAGCGGUCACCCGCACCACCCUAGCAGUGCCUGGUCCAGGCAGUACAAAGUGGAGACCUUUGUCUGCUUCUUCUGUAGGCACGAGAAGAAACGGUGCCUUGGAUUAAAAGCUGUGCAAGUUGCCAGGCUGCCGGUGUUCCUGUGCUCUUUGCGGGUGCCCGGCAGCUUGCUGGUGGAUGACGGUAAGCAGCUGACCAUCGGAGCGUGCGCCGAGUGUGCCGUACUGGUGCUGGCUGGCAAAACGGCAGCAUCCAGGGAUCUCUUUGCCGCACCUGCAACGGCAACGGCUUCUCUCCCAAAGACGUCAGCCUUUCCACUAGAGGCACCUGCUCUGAAACUAGUUGCCAGCGACCCCACCCAGCGCCCGCCGGGAGCCACGGAGACCGCAGCUGCAGGGAACGGACCUGCUCAGGAUCACAGGGCUGGCUUAGAUGUGGAUGGUGCCGCCCAAACAGCUACAAGCAUGAGCCAUGAGCCAAAGUCACCUUCUCUAGGAAUGCUUUCAACAGCGACCCGGACCACCGCCACCGUCAGCCCCCUGACCCCUUCUCCUCUCAAUGGCUCCCUUGUGCCUGGUGGCAGCCCGGCAGCCAACAGCACUUUGUCAGUCCAGUCAGCGCCCACUUCCAGCUUUGCUGCCGCCCUGCGCAAGCUUGCCAAACAGGCUGAGGAACCCAGAGGGUCUUCAAUAAGCAGCGAGUCUUCUCCGGUUUCCUCGCCGGCCACCAACCACAGCUCUCCUGCAAGCACACCGAAGCGGGGACCGAUGGGGCCUCUCAUUGUCCCACCAGGAGGGCACACUGUGCCGAGCACACCUCCAGUGGUGACCAUUGCACCCACCAAAACUGUGAACGGCGUCUGGAGAAGUGAAGGACGGCAGCAAGAAGCUGGGUCGCGAAGUAGCGGUGGAAACAGCAGCAGCACCAGGGACCGCCUGAUUACUGAGGCCCCGUUACCCCAGGAGAAAGCCAGUGGCCCGACGGUUCCUUCUCACUUGCUUGGGACGCCUUACUCCUUCGGGAUCCCACCCAACUCCAUCGUUCAGGACUCCCGUUUCCCACCUCUUAACAGCCUCCAGCGGCCUGUCCACCACGUGGUGCCUCCCAGCGCGGUUACAGAAGACUACCUGCGAAGCUUUCGGCCGUAUCACACAGCUGAGGAGCUCCGCAUGUCCUCCUUGCCUCCCAUCACUCUGGAUCCAGCCACUGCUGCUGCGUACUACCAUCCCAGCUACCUGGCUCACCAUCCUUUCCCUCACCCGGCCUUCAGGAUGGAUGAUUCCUACUGCCUUUCAGCUCUACGCUCGCCUUUCUAUCCGAUUCCAACGCCUGGUUCGCUCCCGCCCCUUCAUCCAUCGGCCAUGCACCUCCACUUGUCUGGAGUGAGGUACCCCACCGAGUUGUCUCAUUCGUCUCUCUCCGCACUGCAAUCCGAACGCAUCUCCAGUCUGACUGCAGAGAGGUUGCAGAUAGACGAGGAACUGCGGCAGCGGGAGCGAGAAAAGGAGCGAGAACGGGAAGCUGAUCGCGAGCGGGAGCGGGAGCGAGAGCGGGAACGGGAACGAGAGCGGGAGAAGGAGCUGGAACGAGAACGGGAAAAAGAGAGGGAGCGAGAACGGGAGCGGGAGCUGGAGAGGCAGCGCGAGAGAGCCCGGGAGAAAGAACAGAGCCUUGUCAAAGCCAUGGAAGGCUCCUUCCUGCCAGUGUCGGAGUUGCAUGGGCUGAGGAGCCACCCGCCAGAGGAGCGUGUCAAACCAUCCGAGCAGCUAACGCCAAACCGAGCAGAGAAACCCAAGGAUUCUUCUGCGAUCCAGACCCCCAAGCCAGUCCAGCAUCCAUUGCACCCGUCGUCCGCCUCUCACCAUCCGGUGCCCGGCUUAAUUUCCAACCACAGCAUCUUCCCCCUGCCUGGAAGCAGCGCGGCCACGGCCCUCCUCAUCCAGCGAACCAACGAGGAAGAGAAGUGGCUGGCGCGGCAGCGGCGGCUGCGGCAAGAGAAGGAGGACCGCCAGUCCCAGGUGUCAGAGUUCCGUCAGCAAGUGCUGGAGCAGCAUUUGGAUAUCGGGCGCCCGCCUGGGCAGAUGGAAGUGGAGCACCGGCCUGAGAAUCCACGAUUGGGACCAAACCGCCCUGAACCAAGUAGCCGAGACCAACCACAGCAUUUUGGAGGGCCCCCUCCACUUAUCUCCCCUAAGCCACAGCACCAUCCUGUCCCCACGUCCCUCUGGAAUCCUGUCUCCUUGAUGGACAACACCACUGAACCCCGAAGGAUACAGGAAAACCACUCUCUCCAAAGCCAUGCCAGCCAAUAUGAGCCCAGCAGGCAAGCCAUCCCCCUUGUGAAAGUAGAGCGGGUAUACUGCCCAGAGAAGAUGGAGGAAGGGGCCAGGAAAAGAGACAUUCUGGACAAGUACCAGCCAGUCAGAGAACCUGGGGGAUCAGAGCAUGGUGGCUUUUCCCAUGGGCCCUUCUUAGCAGAACUGGAGAAGUCCACACAGACCAUUUUGAACCAGCAGAGGGCAUCACUCUUACAGGGUGGACAGUUUGUUGACACCUUGAACAGCAAGCCUAGCUCACCUUAUAGGCAUCCAUUGCCCAGGGGCCAGGAUCCCAUGUACGUUUACGACGAAUUCUUGCAGCAGCACCGGAAGCUGGUCAGCAAACUGGAUCUGGAGGAGAAAAAGCGGAGAGAAGCCCAAGAGAAAGGUUAUUAUUACGACCUGGAUGACUCCUACGAUGAGAGUGAUGAAGAGGAAGUAAGAGCCCAUUUACGAUGCGUUGCAGAGCAACCACCAUUGAAGCUGGACACCUCCUCUGAGAAACUGGAGUUCUUACAGCUUUUUGGGCUGACCACCCAGCAACAAAAGGAAGAGCUGCUGACUCAAAAACGGAGGAAAAGGAGGAGGAUGCUACGAGAGAGGAGUCCCUCCCCGCCGACGGUCCAGAAUAAACGCCGGACGCCUUCUCCACGCUUUGUGCUUUCGACGCGUUACAGCCCUGACGAAAUGAACAACAGUCCCAACUUUGAAGAGAAAAAGAAGUUCCUCACUACCUUCAAUUUAACUCACAUCACUGCUGAGAAAAGGAAAGAUAAAGAGAAGCUGGUGGAGAUGUUCCAUGCCAUGAAACAAAAAAGUGCCUCCACAGCAGUAUCAAUGAAAAGCUCCCCACGGGACAGUCCCAGUAUUGUUCAAGCCGAGCCACAAGUACAGCAAACUGCUGUGGAUUCAGAUAAACCAGUCAGCAUUGCUGCUGCUUCUCUGCCAGACACCCAGAAGACAGCUGAGCCCUGCAGAAUAGAACAGCUGAGGCCACAUGAGUUUCUCAGAACCAAGGAGCCUGUUCCUGUCUCCGUUGAGAAGCCCAAGUUGAGUGAUGGGCACAUGGCCAAGAAAAGCCUGAGCAUUCUCAACUAUGUCCGAAGCUCUUUGCCGAAGGACAUCCCUGUGCCACUGUCACACAGUAUGAAUGGGAAGAACAAGCCAUGGGAGCCCUUUAUAGCUGAGGAGUUUGCACAUCAAUUCCAUGAGUCCGUGUUGCAGUCCACGCAGAAAGCACUGCAGAAACACAAAGGUCAUGCAAUGGUGCACUCAGCAGAGCAGAACCAUAAAGUUGAUGCCUCCAUCCACUAUAACAUUCCGGAACUGCAGACCUCAAGCUGGGUGUCUCUGCCGCAACAGAACGGCCAGAAAGAUUCCCAACAUAAAGGGGUCGUCCCUCCAGAACAUGAUAAAACCUCUGACUCUGAGGAAGAUGACGAGGAAGAGGAGGAGGAAGAGGAGGAGUACCCCCCCAGACCAAAAUGGCAUGGGAUUGAAGCAAUCUUUGAGGCUUACCAGGAACAUAUAGAAGAGCAAAAUCUGGAAAGGCAAGUGCUGCAAACCCAGUGCAGACGCUUGGAGGCCCAUCACUACAGCCUCAGUCUGACUGCAGAACAGUUGUCGCACACCAUGACGGAACUAAGGAACCAGAAGCAGAAGAUUGUCUCUGAAAGGGAACGACUUCAGGCCGAACUAGAUCACUUGAGAAAGUGCCUUGCGUUGCCUGCAAUGCAGUGGUCUAGAAGUUAUUUCAAGGGGUAUCCCAGGUGACACUCCCUUGCACUAGGCCGAACAUAUAGUAUAGAAAUAAUAAUCUAUUUUAUUACCUGGAAUAUUUAAUAUUUUUCACUGGGAGGUUUGAAGCUUAAAAAUAAAAAAGAGAGAAUGUGCCAUGCAUGGAGCAAAGGAUUGUGGGAUCCAGGAAAAUCCAAACCCAUCUCUUGAAAAGAUGCAACGAUCUUUUUAAAUUCUGCAAGUAACCCGUUUAAAGAACUCUCGUUUUGGUUAAUUUUCAAAGGGUUAUUUUCCUUCUGCUUCCUCUGUUUCAUUUUGGGGUUUUUAAAUCUUAUUUUUAAUCCAGAGAUUCCACCAAUGACACUAACAUUCACCUCCCGUUGAAGGGGCCGGGAUCAUCUCCACACAUAUGCUCCUUUUUGUUGCCAUAUUAGUUCAAUUGCUAUACUUUGGGAUCUGUACAUUUUAUUUGUUCUGAAAUACACUGUUUCUCAAUCCAAGAGGAUGCCAGGUACACAUCUGUUUUUGUUAGAAUGAACUGGAUAUUUUGGAUACCGAAAUAAUUACCUGCAGAGUAAUAUAGGCCUAUCAGAAGAAGACACAGCUUCCAAACUUGACUUCCCAUGCAUCAGUCAGCUUUUUGCUGGAAAUGCGCUUCACUUGAAAAAUAAAAGUGAAUAAAUAAACUGAAGGUACCUUUGUAUUACUGGGGAGGGGAGGAUGUACAGAAGCGAUAUACAUACAAUACACACAGAUUAUGUACCCCAGUGGGUAGGAUUUUCAUACAAAGAUUUUGCAAUUAAAGAGUUGAAAAAAGGUGCUUCAGCCUUGUACUGUGUAUAUAUUUAAAAUGUUUUGUAUGUUUUAUUACUUUAAUUAUUGUUAUAAAAAGCUUGCCAUUUUCAA